GCGGCCGCUGGUCCAAGCACCAUGGCCGCGGAGCGGACCUGGCCGCUACGAGGCUCUGGUGGCCGGAGCGCGCCUAGUCAGUGUGAGCCCGGCGCGAGGUCCCGGGCCCCGAGACGCUGGCUCAGGUAAAUUUUUCCACAACCUUAUGGAGAGAAAGGACUUUGAGACAUGGCUUGAUAACAUUUCUGUUACAUUUCUUUCUCUGACGGACUUGCAGAAAAAUGGAACUCUGGAUCACCUGAUUAGUCUGAGUGGGGCAGUCCAGCUCAGGCAUCUCUCCAGGCUCAAGCGGGACUUGCUCAAACUCCUUCACCUGGAGCUCAGUUUGUUAAAAUGGCUGGAUCCCCAGACUUUACUCACAUGCUGCCUUGUCUCUAAACAGUGGAAUAAGGUGAUAAGUGCCUGUACAGAGGUGUGGCAGACUGCAUGUAAAAAUUUGGGCUGGCAGAUAGAUGAUUCUGCUCAGGACGCUUUGCACUGGAAGAAGGUUUAUUUGAAGGCUAUUUUGAGAAUGAAGCAACUGGAGGACCAUGAAACCUUUGAGACCUCAUCAUUAAUUGGACACAGUGCCAGAGUGUAUGCACUUACUACAAAGAUGGACUUCUCUGUACAGGUAGUUUUGCACAAGUGCAAAGUCAAGUCUCUUUUGCACAGCCCUGGAGACUACAUACUCUUAAGUGUGGACAAAUAUGAGAUCAAGAUUUGGCCGACUGGGAGAGAAAUUAACUGCAAAUGCUUGAAGACAUUGUCUGUCUCUGAGGAAAGGAGUAUCUGCCUGCAGCCAAGACUUCAUUUUGAUGGCAAAUACAUUGUCUGUAGUUCCGCGCUGGGUCUCUACCAGUGGGACUUUGCUAGUUACGAUAUUCUCAGGGUCAUCAAGACUCCUGAGAUAGCAAACUUGGCCUUGCUUGGCUUUGGAGAUAUUUUUGCCCUGCUGUUUGACAACCGCUACCUGUAUAUCAUGGACUUGAGGACAGAGAGCCUGAUUAGCCGCUGGCCUCUGCCAGAGUACAGGAAAUCAAAGAGAGGCUCAAGCUUCCUGGCGGGUGAAGCAACCUGGCUCAAUGGACUGGAUGGGCACAAUGACAUGGGCUUGGUCUUUGCCACCAGCAUGCCUGACCACAGUAUUCACCUGGUGUUGUGGAAGGAGCACGGCUGAUGCCACUAGCUUACCAUGGCUGACUGACUUUGGGUGCCCGGGCUGCGGGUUUUCAGUGCAACCUCUGUGGCACCCAACUAUACGAACCAAAGUUC